ACCCGAUAUUAAUGGCGGUGUUUCUCGAAAAAAAUAGUGUUGUAAACAUUAGAUUAUGAUGUUUUGAGUCCGACAGAUAAAGGCCUUGACCCCUGACUUUAUUCUUCUUAGAACACUCAAGAGACUGCCAAGCAGAAACACAAAGAAGCAAUGGCCUCAAUAGAUUCACCCUUGAGUGAUAAUGAAGAAUCCGCAACUGACUAUCUGGCACCUCCUGGAAACAGCUCCCCGAAACUAUUCGACACAGAUGUCAUUGGGUCAUCACAAGAUGUAGAUAUUCCUGUGAAGGAACUCAGGGACAGGCUGUUCAGGACACCAGAGUGGAGUAACCAGGAAGAGGACAGCACACCAGAAAUUGACAUGGUAACCAGGGAUGAGGGAAGAGAACCAGCCGACUACAUUGAUCAAGAUGAGGAAGAGGAUGAGCAAGGGUACGACUCCUAUGAAGACGACAGGGAUGUGGGGUCUCAGACAUUGAGGAUGGAUGAGAGGAGGCAGCCGCCAUUUCGUAUUCCAAGCCUCGAGUCUUUAUCAACUGUUGCAGAGCAAGGCAGAACAGUGGACACGCAGUCUUCUUUAGAUGUUGCUGAAGUGUUUGCUGAACUGCAGUUAAUCCAUCUCAAAUUAAAGAGUGAGAACAAGCUGAUGCAGCGAAGAGAGUAUGAAGUACAGCAAAGAGAGAAGAAAGUUGCGAGGUCUGAAGCAAAGAUUGGUCAGCUUGUGGAUAGGGAGAUUAAGAAGAGGAGGAGACAGUAUGAAGAGCAAUCACAGGCAGAACUCGAAAAGAUGGAAGAAAUGUUGCGAGAGAAACUGCGUGAAAAUAACAGGCUAAAGGAUAGUUUUGAGACAAUAAAGCAAGCGAAUGAUGGAUUGAGGAAACAGUUGGAUGUGGUGACCAUGCAGCAUGAGAAACUCACCAAGCAGCACUCGAGCCUCCAGGCAAGGCUGACCAACCUUCAGAGGAAGCAGGAAUAUGACUCAAGGCAGAAGGACGCUGUGACCAUGCUGCAGGAGUUACAGAUUCAACCAAAGAAGACUGGCGCUCCGGUUAAAUCCACUAAGAUGAAACCAAGCAAGCCCUCGCCCAACACGUAUGAUGUGAUCUCUAUGCUCCUGGAAUGGCUGUCGCAGUCACAGCUCCGACAAGGAUUUAUAGAGCAACCGAAACAAUUCCUUGAUGGACUCAUGCACGAUGUGGAUGAUGAAGUCAUACAAGAAAAAUGUGUCAAGCUGCUUCCAAAUUUGGUUGAGAUUCUUCGAGAAUGUCCAGGUGCUUCAACCAGGGUUUAUCUCCCCUUCCUACAGUUCAUCUACUGGGCAUUACUACACAUCGACAGGGCACAAGGUUCACAGAAAACAAGUCUGUGUUCUACUGUGAGGCGGCUGGGUGAGGAGUUAUACAGACCAAGGCAGCAAGUUCGGUUCACAGCCUCUACACAGGGUGGUUCACCAGGGUCAAACUGUGGUUCCCCUGACAGACCUAAAGAGGGUGCUUAUUUCAGGAGUCCAAACUUACACAUAAGGUUCCUCUCCUCAUUGAUUAUAUUGAAGACACUAUCACAGGUCGACCACCUUGCUCACGUAUUCGACUGUUUGAAGAAUGAUCUGAAAGAGGAACAAGCCAAGGAGCUCUUCAUCCAUUAUUACGCAACCCCAGUCAUCCUGCCCUACUUCAAGCCUAUAAACAAGGCAUUUGUUGGAAGUGCCGUUGACAUCUUCCUUCAGAUGAGUAUGGAAUCAAUCACGUUACAGCCAUUCUUAGAUUCGUGUGGCAACGAGCCCUGGUUCCGAGCAUGCUCCAUGGCGGUUAAGGGACCGAGCGUCGAAAUCAAAGUCAUAGAAAAGCUCAGCAUUAUAUUACAGAAACUAUCAAAAAUAAAAUCCAACAAAAAGUUCUUCGACAUGUAUGGAAUGACAAGCUCCUUACAAGACCUCUAUCGUGACUGUAGCGCUGAUCAUGCAUUCUUGAAUCUCAAUCUGCGGUCGAUUCUCUUCAACAUGAACGUGAAAGUCCCUCAGCUGGAUUAAGGACCGGGAACAUCCAAAUGGACUUCUUAAUUCUUGGACUGGUGAACUCGCGGUGGAUGCGGGGCUGUCUCGUUCUAUGAACGAGUGGCAGUAAUAUAUUCUUACUGCUUGGCUUUGAGAGAA